AUGGAACCCUUGGAGGAGAUGCAAGGGGCCCCAGAGCAGCAGGGUUGGGGCCAAGCCAUGAUCUGGGUGUCUCUGGGUGGGGUUCAGGAGCGGGAAAGGGGCAAGGGCCUGGCCCAAAAGCGCAACAGGGCCAUCACGGCCCGGAGACAGCACCUGAAGAGUGUGAUGCUCCAGAUUGCGGCCACAGAGCUGGAGAAAGAGGAAAGCCGCCGGGAAUCUGAGAAGCAAAACUACCUGUCAGAGCACUGCCCACCUCUGCAUAUCCCAGGCUCCAUGUCUGAAGUGCAGGAACUGUGCAAACAAUUGCAUGCGAAGAUCGAUGUGGCCGAGGAGGAGAAAUAUGACAUGGAGGUGAAGGUGCAGAAGAGCAGCAAGGAGCUGGAAGAUAUGAACCAGAAGCUAUUUGACCUGAGGGGCAAGUUCAAGAGGCCCCCACUGCGGAGGGUGCGCAUGUCAGCUGAUGCCAUGCUGAAGGCACUGCUGGGCUCCAAGCACAAGGUGUGCAUGGACCUGAGAGCCAACCUGAAGCAGGUCAAGAAGGAAGACACUGAGAAGGAGCGGGAUCUGCGCGACGUGGGUGACUGGAGGAAGAACAUUGAGGAGAAGUCUGGCAUGGAGGGCCGGAAGAAGAUGUUCGAAUCUGAGUCCUAAUUGCCCACUGCCCCAAUCCCACCCCACCACUGGGGGAGCACCCGACAACCAGGCUGGGAGUACUUGGCCUCUCUCCAAUAAAGGAUUUGCAUCCCUUC